GGUGGAGAAAAUAGAUACGAGCUCAGCAAACCAGUGGUUCUUCCUGUCCGACGUUCGGAUUACAGCGAAAACCCCGUCAAUAAGCUGACCCGCCUUGUUCGCGGGCGUGGCUCCGCCGCCGAGGAUUGCCUGCGCGGCCCUCUGGGUAAUGAAGGCUUUCUCCACGAGGCAGUUUGAAAACCACUGUAGAUUGUCUCCGACCGUCACUGUGUCAGUGAGGGAGGUAAGAUUGGUACGAAGCGCAGUGAUCUCCGGGGGCUCGCCGUAGUCGGCCAUCUUUCAAGGGGGCGGGUCUCGUACACGAGCAUGUUAAUAGCCACGCCUAAUCGGACUUUGACCUGAUCGCACACUAGACUCUGCAUGGCGUAUCCAGAGCACUUUCGAGGUUGGCUGCUGAAGUGGACCAACUAUAUCAAGGGCUACCAGAAGAGAUGGUUCGUCCUCUCCAAUGGACUCCUCUCCUACUACAGAUUCUCAUUGCAAAAAAAGCAAAAUGCAGGUGUACUAUCUCCGUGCUAGUAGUGAGGUGGAGAGACGGAGAUGGGUGACUGCUCUCACACUCGCCAAAGCCAAGGCCGUCCAAGACCUGGAAUCUGAGAGUGAUGGGGAGGGGGAGAUGGUGGUGGUGAGAGAGGCGGGAGGAGGAGAGGGAGGGAGAGACGAGGGGAUGACACAGCUGAGGAAGAAGAUGAAGGAACUGAGUUCAGCCCAUGAUGUAAUCGUCAGGAACAGGUGAUUCAAAUUGCUACUUUUCUCUCCCUCAAAUGCAGGGGAAGUUUCCAAAAUUUAAUGGGAGCCUAGAAUACCACACAAGCAGGAAGUUUAAAGUGGUUGGGGAUUCUGUGUUCAUUUAAAAGUUCCAGUAAUUUUGAUGCAGUUUCUUUAACCUGACUUCAAAUGGAUUUUUGUCUCACAGUACAAGAGAGAGCCAGAGACAGCAGUGUGGGUGGUGAGGAGGGGGACUCACAGACAGACAGGGACCUUCAGACUAGCCAGAUAUGCUCU